AUGAACAAAUCCAUAUUUCGUGUGGGUGUCACGCGGGACUUCCUGGGACCCGAUGGCACCUGCGAUUUAGAUGACAUCGCCGCUUCUCUUUUUGACCAAGCAGAUCUGCACUGGGAAUAUAUUGCAGAAAAUACACCUGUAUUACAAGCGGCACAAGUGCAGGAUUAUGAUGCGCUCUUAGUAUUGGGCGCGGGUAUCACGUCAGAGACGUUCACAGACGCUGAGAGGUUGGCUGUCAUUGCCCGCUUCGGUGUCGGAUAUGAUAAGGUGGACGUGGGAGCCUGUACCGAAAAUGGUGUGUUGCUGACGAUUGCCCCCGAUGGUGUUCGCCGCCCCGUUGCCACCUCCAUCAUGACCUUUGUCCUAUCGCUGAGCCACCAACUGUUGAUAAAGGAUCGACUCAUCCGUGAGGGUGGGCUGGCGAAACACACAAAACUAUAG